AUGGAUUUACUAAUACGAUCAAAUAGUAAAGGAAUUCGAUAUGAAGGUUAUGAUGAGGAAUUUAUUCAAUGUGUCUUCGAAGAUGCCAAUAUUUCUGGUCGCAAUGAACGAUACGAAUUUCGAUGUCGGCCAAAUUUAGAAUGCUGCGGGCGAGUUUGCUGUAUACCUGAAGCAAGCGCGAUUCCCAUAUGGUUGAUGGUAUUAUUCAUAAUAUUGGUAAUUCUUUUUCUUUCUGCACUUCUUGGUAUCUUGGCUUGGUUUUAUAGAAAAAACAAAAAAAAUUACAAAGAUUUGAACAAGGAAAAUGGCCCAAAAAUUGUUAGUGGGCAAAAUCAACGAGCUCUAACAGGUUAUCGUUCGUAUAAACAAAAUGAAUCUCAAGAAGCAAUCAGUACAGAAAAUCUUGUACAGAAGAAUACAGAAGAUGAUGCAUACAGUAGUCCAAGCAAUAUCGAUACUCAAUAUUCUAAGCGCACAAAAAAUAUUGGCUCUCGUAACCCUUUGUUUGCUACUAAUACAGUAAGAACCCGUGAAAAAUUAAAGCAUGCAAAAAAAGGUGCAGAAUAUGAUGAAGCUGAAAUUAGUACAGAAAAUAAAAAGAUAGAAUCUCAAGUAGAAGCAGUGAAAGAAAAAGAAGCAUCAGAAAAUGAUGAAAAUGCAUCUCAAAAGCAAGUAAAUACUUCGGGAAUACGAAUGAAUGGAUAUCAGAUAGCAGAGCGAAUGCCACGUACUGUACAAACUUCAUACAGUAUUGUGCCAUCACAACCAUAUUCAACUCGAGAAACUUUUGAAGAACGAUUUGAAGAAAACUAUUUAGUAGAAGAAGAAAAAACGAAAUCAGAUUCUGAUACGAAAGAUUUUUUAUGA